AUGUCUGGCUGUACAAUUGCAACAGUGAAGAACGUUCGUGAGGGAUAUAAACCUUUUCCGAGGAGCAAAGAGUAGACGAUCCAGCAUCAACCAUGUCCAUUGAAGACGGGCCCCUCAAGAAGAAGCAGCGUACCAAUGCUCCUGUUUCAGCCGAGGACGACGGCUACGCUUCAGCGUUCGGUCCGCAAACGUUGAAGGAGGAGACGCAGAACGAGCUCCGUGACGCAUACGCCGUAUCCUCCCCCUACAAACACUGCAAAAUCUCCAACCUGAUCAGCGACGACCUCCUCUCCGCCGUCAAACGCGAAAUCGAAGAAAACCUUGUCUUCACCUCCAAAGAAACAGAUAUUUACAAGGUGAACCAAACCGGAGACCUCGCAAACCUCUCCGGACUCCCCGAUGACGAAAAGGCUAAACUCGCCAAUCUUGGACGAUUACGCGAUGCGAUGUAUUCUCCGCUGUUUCGGGAGUAUAUUCAGAAGGUUACGCAGUGUGGGCCGCUGAGUGGGACGAAGACGGAUAUGUCGAUUAACACGUACACUCAUGGAUCACACUUGCUGAACCACGACGACGUCAUCGGUACCCGUCGCGUCUCGUACAUCCUCUACCUCGUCGAAAAGGGUUGGAAGCCCGAAUGGGGAGGCGCACUCCGUCUAUACCCGACCUUGAAGCCUGGCUUCCCUGCUGCUGAUCCCACGCUCGUCAUCCCACCCGAAUGGAAUCAGCUCUGCAUGUUUACCGUCCAGCCUGGUCGGUCGUUCCACGAUGUCGAAGAAGUAUGUGUGGAGGGAAAGCCUAGGAUGUCGAUUAGUGGCUGGUUCCACGUUCCUCAGGAGGGCGAGCCUGGAUACGGCGAGAACCAGGAGGAGGAGGACAAGCUCAAGUCGACGUUGGAGCAACUGCAAGGUGAAGGCGAUGAACUCGAUCAUCCUCGCCUCGAGCUCAAGGCUGUGUCCGAAGAGGAGAAGAUCGAUGACGAGGAGAGCGAAAAGUGCGAGUUGACUGAUGCGGAGAGGGAGUACCUCGGCAAGUACAUGAACCCGGUCUUGUUGAAGCCCGAGUCGAUGAAACAGUUGCGUGGAGUUUUCGAGGAUGAAUGCAAGCUGUCUAUUCAAUCUUUCCUCAACAAGGAAUACGCCGAGGACCUUAAGGCCAAGCUUGAGGAAGCCGACCAGGCUGUCCCGCAGCACUCUAAUGACGUCCCCUCGGAAUGGAAGGUCGCCGUCCCACCGCACAAGCACCGCUACUUGUUUACCGAAGAUGCUUCUACACCCAUGGGAGAGCUCAGCACUGAACUCUACGGAAGCAAGGAGUUCCGAAAGUGGUUGGCGAUGUGCACGUCCUACUUUCCCAUCUCCGAGUGUGUCCUCGCAAGACGAUUCCGUCCCGGACAUGAUUACACGUUGGCCACCCCUCACGUCCACCCCAACCCCACGUUGUGCUCUACUUUGUGUUUGUCGCCAUCGGCAAAAUUCGAGGAAGGUGAAGUGGGUGGGUACGAAAUCUACAUGGCUACCGGAGACGAAGCAGACGAUGAUCCGGCUAUUUACAAAGCUGCGGCGGAGAACGAAGACGACGACGGCGGGAUUUUGGUUGAAGAAGUGGCAGGAUGGAACAAGUUCCUGGUGGUUCUCCGCGAUGAAGGAACGUUGAGGUUCAUCAAGUACGUGUCCCGAGCAGCAGGAGGAUCCCGAUGGGACGUGAACGGCGAGUGGGGUGUUGAGGUUGACUCCAAUUAGAAGGGUUAGAAUUGCAGAGAUGGAAGAGUAGACUAGGGUUAGAAGGGCAAUUAGCCGAGCACUAAUCAGGCGAUGUGAUUGGCUAGCGGCUAUUUAGCUUAGUUCAAGCGGGUGAUCCGGGGA